AUGUUUUUUUCGCUUGCCUUACAGUUGACGCAGGCGCCCUCUGUCAUCGAGAAGCUGAUCAGCGCUCACUACCCAUCACAAUAUGUGGUGCAAAGACUUAGGCAGGGGCAGCAGAUCUCCAUCGACGGCCGGCUGGAGGAAGAAGCCUGGGCAGAGGUGCCCUGGCUGGACAGCUUCAUGGACCUCGCCGGCCCACGCCACAGCAGUUUGAGGACGAGCUGGCAAAACGCAUCGCGCGACUAUGCGAGGCGCCUUACCGGUUCGGAGAAUCCAACUCGGGUGAAGCUCCGCUGGGAUGAGAACUUCUUGUACGUGGGGGCCGAGCUACGCUCCAAGCAUGUGGCCGCCUCAGUGGAAGGCCACUGCGACAAUCUCCAUAGCGACGUGUGGCAGACAACGCCGGUGCUGCCGUACUUCGAUGAUGACUUCGAGGUCUUCAUCGACCCAUCUCAAAGUAACUAUUUCUACGUCGAGUUCGAGAUGAAUGCUAGGAACGCGACCUAUGACACGCUUUGGUACCUCCCGCAGGCUGGGUUAGGCUCCGUGGCACCAGAGUGCAGCCUUUGCUGCAACACCACAUGGAACGCGGGCAAAGGAUUGUGCGACCACGGGGCGGAGAAGGAAGGUGGGUCCUGGACCAUGGAGAUGUUCUCAGAGGGCGCACGUCCCGGCGAUGGGAUGCUCUCUGCUACGGCAAACACAACAUCUGGCUGGACAUUAGAGAUACGCUUUCCCAUUCUCUCCAGCUCUGAGCAUGGGGGUCUGCUAAACCGCCCGGCCUCGCAACACCUGCCUGACGCUCCUGCGGACAUGCUGCAUCCAGCUCGAGGCCAGAGGUUCUGGUGGGCAACGUUUGCCAACGCUUUGCAUGCCAGCUGGUGGAGCAAGCUCACGGCAGCCGAUGCCAAGCAUCCCGAGUUCAUCAAAUGGUUGUGCGACGAAGUGAUCCGCGACGAUGAGCUCAGAUAUGGAUUUUCCCAGUUCCUGGUGGAUGCAAACAAUGCGGCCCCGACUUGCUACUACGAGGCAGCAUCGCAAAAUCUUGGGGGCCACCAGUACAUGCACAACCCAGACCAGUUUGGCUAUCUGCAGUUCACAAAUGCUUCUGCGCCCACCUGCGGCAAUGUCUGCUGGCUCGCGCGCUUUGUGCUUGCUCAGAUCUAUCAAGCCGAGGUGCAGUACCUGAUGACAGCGGGCAAAGGCUGCUUCACCUCGAAUAUUGCUGAUCUUCUCUCGCCGGCCACAUGCGAUAUCUCAAAUGCUUGCAAUGUGUCAACUUUGGUGGACGCUCUUAACUACGUGGACAUCAGCAUCUACGCGGAUGAUGGAAAGAGGACAGGUUCUUGCGUGCGCUAUGCAAUACCUGGCGUACAGAACUCGAGCUCGGUCGGUGGACCUUGCUUCACCGCUUUCACAACAUACACAGUACGCAGCAAAAGUGAUCCAGCCAAGACAAAGAAGAUUCAGGCUUCUAUCAACGAGGCUCGGCUCAUAACGCAGCCAGACGUGGGACAGAGGUGGGACACCCCGGAUGCUGAUUGGCUUUGCUUGGAGACCGUGGAUGUGCUUCCAGCUGGAAUCUACGUGUGA